AUGGCCACUCUCAGCGGAUUCGUCCCCGGAGCUGAGCUCGACACAUCAGUUGCAGAACUCUCCCAGGCCGUACGCGACCUCAGGUCGAGCGCAGGGCUCGGUGCCGUCGACCCCAAGCAGCGUGGGAAAGCCAUUGAGCUGGCCCAGACAGUGCUGGGGUCCCUCAAGCACCCUAUCGAGGCCAUGAUGGACGAGUACUUUGGUAUUUCCUUCAUAAUGGCCACCCGUCUGUUCGCUUCCCUAGGAGGUUUUGAACACAUCCCGUCCGAGGAACCAAUCUCGUACAAUGAUCUCGCCAAGAAGUUGGAUUCUGAUACCUCCUUGAUCAAGCGGGUCGCUUGGGUGCUUGUCGCCAACGGCCUCCUGAAGCAGGUCGACAGCGACAAGGUGACGCACACGCCGAGAUCCAAGGUCUUUGCUGGGCCUCACUCGCUACAUCCAGCGUUUCAAUAUAUGGCGUCCGUGAGUAUCCCUGUCCUGUUCGCCCUCCCGGACUACUUCGAAAAGUACGGGCGCAAGGAGCCGGCGACUCGGACGCACACACCAUAUUCCUUUGCGCAUGGGAAACCCGAGUUGACGGUAUGGGAGGUGAUGCGGCAGGACUCCGACCGGAACGGGGUCGCCGAAGGCAUGAGAGCCUUUGGCGCGUUCGAGAAGAUGAUGCCCAUGGCGGGCGUUUACGACUUUGGCUGGGUGGCUCGCGAGGCAGCCGCCGACCCUGCCGGCACCAGAGCACUUGUAGUGGACGUGGGCGCCAGCAAAGGCCACGUCACCAAGGCCAUCUGCGAAAGCACCCCGGGCCUCCCCAUGAGCCGCUGCGUCCUGCAGGACCUUCCCGAGGUCGUCGCGGAGCUGGAGAAGGCGGACGACCCGGCGCUCCGGGAUGCGCAGAAGAUUGCUAUGGACUUCCACCAGGAGCAGCCUGUCAAAGGGGCACUGGUCUACUUCAUCCGUCGCUGCCUGCACGACUACGGCGACGAGGAGUGUGUUGAAAUCCUGCGCGUGAUCGCCGACGCCAUGGCACCAGAUAGCAGGCUGGUCAUUAUGGAACAAAUCAUGUCCAACCCGCCAAUCGCCAUGUGUGCGGCCACGGAUUUGUUCAUGAUGAAUUUAGGCGGUAAGGAAAGAACAGUCGAGGGGUUCGGCGAGCUAGCUUCCAAGGCCGGGCUGAAAAUCAGCAAUGUGAACCUAACGGAGGGGUUCGGUCUGAGCGCUGUUGAAUGUGCCCAGGCUUGAGAGUCGAAACAUGGCAUACUCUAGAGAUAUGAAGAUCGAUGUGGCUGGAGAAGAUGCUGUGGGG